AUGGCUCGAGCUCGUCGCCGCUCUGGUAGGUCCACUCAGAAAUCCCCUGAGGAGUCAGGGGGUGUAGACGACUCUGCUGCGCCGUCCAAGCAGGAGGGUGACGCCCAGCCCAACGCGCAGGACGAUAACACCUGUCCUGCAUGCAAUCCGGAGGGUACUGAAGAGUGGGCUGCGGCGGACAAGGAGAGCUGGGUCCGCUGUGAUGCAUGCAAGACGUGGUACCAUUGGCGCUGCACCGGAGACGGUGGCGACUUGGACGCGGUCGAUAAGUGGUCAGCGCGAUUCGUGCAUUUUGCCGCUCCAGAGCAGCAGCUGAUGCCGUUGCCUUUUGUUCCUCUCCAUUGUGCCACUUCCCUCGCACCAGGUUCUCCGCCUGCGCGCAAAUCCGCUCGGAAACGUACACAACGCGACUACGCCGGCUUACACAACUCCGGAGCAGAGGCAGAUCCGGACAGGUGGUUGCGCAUGCUGGAAGGAAAGGAUUUCGAGCCUGACCCGUUCAAACGGAUGAACGGGGACGAGGUGAGUUUGGAGUGGUUGGAUACCGAUGAGACAGCGAUGCGGGAACCUAUCGUCAUCGAAAGCUCUGAAGGGCUCGGUAUGAAGAUGCCCUCGAAGGAUCUCACUGUUGAGGACGUGGCAGAGAUCAUAGGAGAGAGCACUCCCGUGGAGGUUAUCGAUGUCGCCACUCAGUCAAAUCUCCCUGGGUGGACUUUGGGCAAGUGGGCAGAGUACUAUGGCCUUGACGCUUCUGCGAGGGACAAAAUUCGGAACGUUAUAUCGCUUGAGAUCUCCGGUACAGAACUGGCCGACAACGUCUUGCCACCAAGAUUGGUCCGGGAGCUAGAUUGGGUAGAGAAGUAUUGGCCUAAUACCAAGAAAGGCAGAGGACAUGCCUAUCCCAAAGUACAGCUAUACUGUCUUAUGGGUGUGGCCGGUGCUUGGACUGAUUGGCACAUCGAUUUUGCGGGAUCCUCCGUCUAUUAUCAUAUUUUACACGGCUCAAAAGUGUUCUAUUUUAUUCGCCCCACUCCAGCCAACCUGGCUGCCUAUGAGCGAUGGUCUGGCACUGAGAUGCAGAAUCAUUCCUGGCUGGGUGACAUGGUUGACGAAGUAUUCAAGGUUGAGUUGCAUGACGGCAACACCAUGAUUAUCCCUACUGGCUGGAUACAUGCUGUUUACACCCCGGUUGAUACCUUGGUUUUUGGAGGAAAUUUCCUGCAUUCGUACAAUGUGUCCACACAGCUGAAAGUACGUGAUAUUGAGAUUGCCACGCAUGUACCAAAGAAAUUCCGAUUUCCAUUCUUUGUUCGGCUUUGCUGGUAUGCUGGUGAGAAGUACCUCCGUGAUCUGAAAGCUAAAGAAGAGUUUGCGCCGCGUGUGCUCGAUUCCGUCGAAGCUCUGGCCGAGUUCCUUGUGUCUGAAGCACGGACUAUGGAGCGCGGGACCGAGCAGGCCAAGAAGGAAGCUAAAGAGCAAGUACCUGGCGAUCGUGUCAAGGACGCACCCGCUUUGGCACGUGAGCUGCGCUGGAGAGCCCGCUUAGCGGCUGGAUAUCCCAGCGACGAUGAAGGACGCAAUAAGCGGAAGAAGAAUGGCGCUACCGAAUCAGCUAAUGGAAUUAGCAAACGAAAGCGCUCUCUUGCGGACGCUGACGAAGACAGCACAGGGCCAUUCCGAAACUUUAGGCGCAGACUGUGGGAGAGGGUGUCCGAAAUCCCCUCAGAAAAGGAGAGCCGAGUCUUGAAGCUGCCUCGGCCCAACGAUGCAGGAGGUGAUUGGAAGGAUCAAUGGGUGCUGUGGAAGGAAGAGAUGGACAGUGCGGAGGGUGGAGAUGAAGUGUUCGUGGACCGACGGCGCGAUGUAAUUGUCAAGGUGCGGAGGACAGAGAAGGGUGUUGAGCGGCAGAGAGUGGAGAGGGUGCUCGAAGACUGGAUCUGGAACGCGGACCCUGUGUCGCCAGCUUCGACUGCAGUUCUGAAAGAAGAGCAUGGUGUGCCUGCUUCUGAAAUCCAAGGCCAGGAGGUAACGCCCCAAGCCAGUAACAACUCGGAUGCGAAGAAGUCCAAGCCUGAAGAAGCGGUGAAGAUGGAGAUCGACGGUGCGGGUGUUGAGAGUAGUGUACUUGCGGCAGGUGUCGCUGCGGCCGCUGCGUAA